AUGUCCAGACAAGCUUUUGAAGAAGCUAUCGAAGCUGUCAUUGAUGAAAAGUAUCAAGAAGCCUACGAACUCUAUUCCAAGGCGCUUGCUGCUGAUGAUAGAAGUAAUCAUCAGUUUACAUCGAAAAUAUUCGCAUCUCGUGCUCAAUGUUCAUUGAAGCUGAAUAACUAUUCAGAUGCAUUGAAAGAUAGUAAUGAAGCACUUCAUUUUGAUGAAACAAAUGUCAAAGCAUAUCUCCGCAAAGGUGUAGCCUUAUAUAAUCAAAAUUUCAAGGAACAAGCUCUAGAAGUAUUUGCUCGUGCACUCGAAUACGAUGCAACAAAUGAACAAUCGAAAGUAUGGUAUGAAAAAUGUGAAAAAGAGUUGUUAGAAAUCAAAUCAAAGCCUGCUGCUCCACCGGUGAAAGUCAAACAUUCAUUCUAUCAAAGUGAUAGAAUAGUAACGGUUCAAAUUCCUAUUAAAUGUCUCAGAAAGGAUCAAGUUAAAGUUGACACAACAGACAAAACGCUGUAUGUGAAUACGAAGAUACCUUCAUCAGGUAGUGAUUAUUUACUUGAUCUUGAGCUUGCAUAUCUAAUCGAUUCAUCACGAACUACUUUCAAUGUCACUGGCACGAAUAUCGAAAUCAAACUAUACAAACGAGAAGCGAUUCAGUGGUCAUCAUUAGAUGCUCAAUCAACAACAAAUAAAGCUUUACCACCAGUAACAAUGAAUCGACCCCUAGUUGACAAAGCACCUACUUAUCCAUCAUCAAGUCAACGUGCUAAGAAUUGGGAUAAAGUAGAAGCUGAAAUAAAAAAGGAUGAGAAAGAAAAUCAAGAUGAAAUGGGCGAUGCAAAUGCGAUUUUCCAACGACUUUAUCGCGAUAGUGAUGAAAAUACGCGUCGCGCUAUGAAUAAAUCAAUGUAUGAAUCCGGUGGUACAUGUUUAAAUAUGAAUUGGGAAGAGGUAUCGAAAGGUCGAAUUACUUGCGAACCACCUGAGGGAAUGGAAUGGAAGAAAUAUGAUUCUUAA